AUGAAAGAAUUUGAUGAUGCAUUCUCUAAGUGUGAUGAAUUUGAUCAAAGAAAUUUAGGGUAUAAUUUAAAUUCAUAAAAUAAUAGGAUUGUUAUUGGAAUGAUCUUAUUAGGAAGAAUAGAAUUUUUUAAUUUGCAUUAGUAGAUGGUUUUGGAGGUGGAGUUUUAGGAGUGUUCGGAGGUCAUUAGGUAGGAAAGAGAAUAAAAAAUAAUUUAUAAAAGAAAUAAAAUAUCAAAGAGAUUGAUAUUUAUGAUAUAAGAAUAAAAACUAUAAUAAAUGGUCAUAAUAAUAGUAAAAGAAAUAUAAUUAUAAUCUAAAUCUAUAAAGAUUUGUAAUUGAUAAAAUCUUAACAGAAAUAAAAGUAGCAUUAAAUUUUAGAUAUGAUGCAAUUAUCAAUCAAACUCAAUUUUAGAAACUAUUGGAAAAGACUAUUGUUCUUUUAAAUUAAGAUUUAUGUUCCAUAGAAAUUAAGUUUAUUAUUAUUAAUAUAACCAUAGUUUAUAAGAUUAAAAUAUUUAUCUAAUAAGAGAAUAAACUAAUAAAUGAAUAUUCUCAUUAUAAAAAUUUACUUGAAAUAUCUGUUUUGAAAGGCAUUGAAAUGUUAUAGAAGCAGUUAGCCCUUUAUUUAAAAAUUAAUUAUCUGAUCAUAAAUUACCUUAAAUAAUUAAAAAGGCUACAGAAAUCAUUUAUUUAAUUGAAAUUGUUCUAUUAUCUAAUUAAUUCCCUGAUCCAUAAAAGAGUAUCUAUUAUAUAAAAAUGUUGA